AUGACGCACGCUCACACCUCACGAGUUAGACCCAUAACGCGUGUGAUCGGGUUAGGGUUUCCUAUAUAUACAACGCAAACUGUAUUUCUUUUCAUUUUUCUUGUAAGGUUUGUUGAGACCAUAAUUCUGAUCGAAGCUUUCGCCAUGGGGAGGAGACCUGCAAGGUGUUAUCGCCAGAUCAAAAAUAAGCCUUACCCGAAAUCAAGGUACUGCCGUGGUGUGCCAGAUCCAAAAAUUAGGAUUUAUGAUGUCGGAAUGAAGAGAAAGGGAGUCGAUGAGUUUCCCUUCUGUGUGCAUUUGGUCAGUUGGGAGAAGGAAAAUGUCUCUAGUGAGGCAUUGGAAGCUGCACGUAUUGCUUGCAACAAAUACAUGACCAAAUUUGCUGGAAAGGACGCAUUUCACUUGAGAGUCAGGGUGCAUCCAUUCCAUGUCCUGCGCAUUAAUAAGAUGCUUUCAUGUGCUGGAGCUGAUAGGCUCCAGACUGGUAUGCGUGGUGCUUUUGGUAAGCCACUUGGAACAUGCGCACGUGUGGCAAUUGGUCAGGUCCUUCUGUCUGUUCGCUGCAAAGAUGGAAACAGUCACCAUGCCCAGGAAGCCUUGCGCCGUGCAAAGUUCAAGUUCCCUGGUCGUCAAAAGAUCAUUGUCAGCAGGAAGUGGGGAUUUACCAAGUACGGCCGUACUGAUUAUCUCAAGUGGAAAGCAGAAAACCGCAUUGUGUCAGAUGGCGUCAAUGCCAAGCUUCUUGGUUGCCAUGGACCCUUGGCACAACGUCAACCUGGAAGAGCAUUUUUACAUGCUACUGUUUAGAAUUUUUUUUUACUUUGCAAAUGCGGGCUGUCUCUUCAAGCAAUUGUUAGCCUAUGUUAUGUGGUUUUCUAGUUGUGUAAUGUGAUCUUUGGAACUGAAUUACUAUACACUUGUUUGCAUUUUAUUGCUUUCUAGGGAGCUUUCUCUACUUUAUGCAUUGAUCAGUAUUAUGUAUUGGUAACUUUGCUCCAAUUUGGGAGAUGAUAAUGUUAACGGCCGGAUUUUUUUUACA